AUGGAUGCCAGGUCGCAGCUUCUGCUUGGUGCUGCAGGCCCAUGGAUUCGUGGGUUUCGAGAAAUGGGGGGCUGGGAGGCGGCGCGGGACUUCACAGUCGAGGACGCCAACACAGUCUGCGAGCUUGUGCAUCGAAAUGAAUCCUUGGUCGUUGAGAAACGGAGAUAUCUGCUGUCAAUGCUUCAAGGACAAGAUGGACGCGUCAAGCGUGUGAAGAGACCUGAGUUCAUGGAACAAUUAUUUUUGGCUGAAUCAGAUGUCAGGGGGGAUGAGCUAUCCCAGAUCUUAACUAAUCCGUCAAGUUAUCUAUCUGACAGCAUGAGCCUUGCAACACUAGUUAAGCCAAGACUGCUUUCAUCAUUGGUCCAAGCUUUAGGUGAACUGGAUGCAUUGCCAUUGCAAGCUCUUGUUGCAAUGAAGAGGAAGCUCAAAGGAAAAUCACGUUCCCCAAGGUUUGAGCUAGAAUGUCAAGCUUCCACAAGGCAAGAAUUUUUGAAAAGGCAUGUUAUCUCCUUGCAGAAUGAUGUAAUGAAUGCUCUAUGGUCGCUAGAAAAGAUGAGACAUGAUACACUGAAACUGUUGUGUCCCAUGUUAUGUUAUGGCUCUAAGGAAAAGAGAGAGCACACGAAGUUCAGGAUAACUGUGAGAAAGUAUCUGUUAGAAUGUUUGUUUGAAUGCGAUGAAGGUAAAUUACCAGAGAAAGCAUUGCAAGUCAUUGCUUUUUUUGAUCGGAUGUCUAUGCUCACAGAAGAGAGAAAGGAAGUAGAGGUAGAGUCUGUCUUGAAUUUGAGCAGCAAUCUCAGAGCUAUAGGAUGUUAUGAUGUAGCUGGAGACCCAAUCAAUGAUCAGUUAAUGAACUCAGGGAGUGCAUGCAUAAGUGAUGAUCAACUUAUAAACUUAGACCAUGAUGACCGCAGAGAGGACAAUGACUUUGUACUCACAGAGACCAAUUACUUCAAUUUUUGUCCUCAGCAAAAUAUUGAUGAACCAUGCAGUUCCAAUAGCUUGCACAACACUACUGUUGUGAGUUCUAGGCAUUCUAGAAACACAGAAGCGGCUGUUAGCAUGAUGGAUUCUCAUUUGAAUAAGGCUGUUGCUAGUGUGGAAACAGCAAGUUGUUCUAAAGAUCUCCAUGAGCUUUGUGAUGAGACUGCAGUGAUGGCCCACAAGCUUAUUGGACAGAUUAUAGAAAGUUCGUUGCGUGCAGAUACCAAGGAGGUUGAUGAAUGCACCAGAGGUUAUCUUCGAGGGGGUUCUGUUUCUCAAGGUCCUCAAGCUCCUGCAGUGGAGGAUACGCAAAGUGCUGACAUUAUGAUUAAUGCUGUCAAGACUUUGUUUCCUAAAUUAUCAGAAAGGUCUUUCUUGUUCCUCCUUCUUGUCCUCCCUUGUGUUCUUUACAUGAAUGCUCUAAUACUUUGCAUUUCAACAGCUGCUUUUAAAAGGUCUGGAGGAUCCUCAAUGGUGCUAAUCUCUUUGGAGUGA